AGUGCGUAUUUCAACUUCCUUGCUGAGGUUUCAGUAUGAGGCGGUAAACGCUGCAUGGCGUUCUGUUUAGCAGGAAGGGCAUUUGUGUUCUUGUUGAUUUUGAUAAUAUCCACAACCUUACGUAUAUACUGACGUGAUGGCAGGGAAGAGAGGAGCUCUAAUCGUAUUGGAGGGUGUUGACAGAGCUGGUAAAACUACACAAUGUAAGAAGCUGGUACAGGCGCUGCAGCAAAACGGGAGACCCGCAGAAAUGAUGCGCUUCCCGGACAGAAGUACGACUAUCGGUCAGCUUAUCAGUUCUUACCUGGAGAAGAAGAGUGACCUGGAGGACCACACAGUUCACCUGCUCUUCUCUGCCAACCGCUGGGAGCUAGUGCCUUUGAUGAAGAAGAAGUUGGAGCAGGGCAUCAAUUUGGUCGUCGACCGAUAUGCCUUCUCUGGUGUAGCCUUCACCAGUGCCAAACCUGGGUUCUGUCUGGACUGGUGUAAAAACCCAGAUGUGGGACUGCCGAAGCCAGACCUGGUGAUGUUUCUGAAGCUCAGCCCGACUGAGGCUUCACUGAGGGGUCAGUUUGGAGAGGAGAGAUACGAGACCAGUGUUUUUCAGAGAGCAGUGCAACAGAAAUUUGAGCAUCUGAUGAAAGAUGCUUCAGUCAACUGGCAGUUCUGCUCUCUUGGUCUGCCCAUUCUCCCACUGACUGCCUUUCACUGGACAUGGACACCAAAUGAUGUUAUUGACGCUUCUGCGAGCAUUGAGGAUGUGCACGAGGACAUUGCCACCCACAGUCUGAACACAGUCAGUACAGUUGAGAACCAGCCACUGGGUGAACUGUGGAAGUAAACCCGGCCACAAUCGCAGCAGCAUAAAACAUGUGAUACAUGUGGUUAUUUUUCGUAAUUGGUAAUUAAUCUUUAAAAGCAGAUUAUUCUUUUACACAUUUUAUAUUUGCUACUAAUUAAUAAAAGAAAAAAAAACUUAAAGAGAAACAGGUCUAAAAU